AGUUCAAGCCGAGUGGGGACGGGGCUAGGGGUCGGGGGGUGGGGGCCGGAAGCCGGGGCUGACAUCCGUGCGCUCGGACCCCGCACGAGCCUCGCCGUGACAGCGCCCCGAGUCCGGUCGAGGGCAGCGGGGGGAGGCGGGAAGGCGGAGGAGAAGGAGGAGGAGGCGGGAGCAGCAUCCGGAGCGGAGCUGCAGCAGCGCCGCCUUUUGUGCUGCGGCCGAGGAGCCCCCGAGGGCCUGCCGCUCACCACCACAGCGGGGGCACAGCCGCCAUGGCCUGCCUCCAUGAGACCCGCACGCCCUCCCCUUCCUUCGGGGGCUUCGUGUCCACGCUCAGCGAGGCAUCCAUGCGCAAACUGGACCCGGACACUUCCGACUGCACCCCCGAGAAGGACCUGACCCCUACGCAGUGCGUGCUUCGCGAUGUAGUGCCCCUCGGUGGGCAGGGCGGGGGCGGGCCCAGCCCCUCCCCGGGUGGGGAGCCGCCCCCCGAGCCUUUUGCCAACAGCGUUCUGCAGCUCCACGAGCAGGACGCAGGAGGCCCCGGGGGAGCCACGGGGUCUCCUGAGAGCCGGGCGUCCAGGGUUCGAGCUGACGAGGUGCGGCUACAGUGCCAGAGUGGCAGUGGCUUCCUGGAAGGCCUCUUUGGCUGCCUGCGCCCCGUGUGGACCAUGAUUGGCAAGGCCUACUCCACGGAGCACAAGCAGCAGCAGGAAGACCCUUGGGAGGUCCCCUUUGAGGAAAUCCUGGACCUGCAGUGGGUAGGCUCGGGGGCCCAGGGCGCCGUCUUCCUGGGGCGCUUCCACGGGGAAGAGGUGGCUGUGAAGAAGGUGCGAGACCUCAAGGAGACUGACAUCAAACACCUGCGGAAGCUGAAGCACCCCAACAUCAUCACUUUCAAGGGUGUGUGCACCCAGGCCCCCUGCUACUGCAUCCUCAUGGAGUUCUGCGCCCAGGGCCAGCUGUACGAGGUGCUGCGGGCUGGCCGCCCAGUCACCCCCUCCUUGCUGGUUGACUGGUCCAUGGGCAUCGCCGGGGGCAUGAACUACCUACACCUGCACAAGAUCAUCCACCGAGACCUCAAGUCCCCUAACAUGCUAAUCACAUACGAUGAUGUGGUCAAGAUCUCAGAUUUCGGCACUUCCAAGGAGCUGAGUGACAAGAGCACCAAGAUGUCCUUUGCAGGGACAGUGGCCUGGAUGGCCCCAGAGGUGAUCCGCAAUGAGCCCGUGUCUGAGAAGGUGGACAUCUGGUCCUUUGGUGUGGUGCUGUGGGAACUGCUGACGGGUGAGAUUCCCUACAAAGACGUGGACUCCUCCGCCAUCAUCUGGGGUGUGGGCAGCAACAGUCUGCAUCUGCCUGUGCCCUCCAGCUGCCCAGAUGGCUUCAAAAUCCUACUCCGCCAGUGCUGGAACAGCAAACCUCGAAACCGCCCAUCAUUCCGGCAGAUCCUGCUGCACCUGGACAUCGCCUCAGCCGACGUGCUCUCCACACCGCAGGAGACCUACUUCAAGUCCCAGGCAGAGUGGCGGGAAGAAGUCAAGCUGCACUUUGAAAAGAUUAAGUCCGAAGGGACCUGUCUGCACCGCCUGGAAGAGGAGCUGGUGAUGCGGAGGAGAGAGGAGCUCAGACAUGCCUUGGACAUCCGGGAACACUAUGAGAGGAAGCUGGAGCGCGCCAACAAUCUGUACAUGGAACUGAAUGCUCUCAUGUUGCAGCUGGAACUCAAGGAGCGGGAGCUGCUCAGGCGGGAGCAAGCUCUAGAGCGCAGGUGCCCGGGCCUGCUGAAGUCCCACCCUUCCCGAGGCAUCCUGCAUGGCAACACCAUGGAGAAGCUCAUCAAGAAGCGCAAUGUGCCGCAGAAGCUGUCUCCUCACAGCAAAAGGCCAGAUAUCCUCAAGACCGAGUCUUUACUACCUAAGCUAGAUGCAGCCCUGAGUGGAGUGGGGCUUCCUGGGUGCCCCAAAGGACCCCCUUCACCGGGGCGGAAUCGCCGUGGCAAGACGCGUCACCGGAAGGCCAGCGCCAAGGGCAGCUGCGGGGACCUGCCUGGGCUUCGUGCAGCUGUGCCAGCCCAUGAACCCGGGGGACCGGGAAGCCCGGGGUCCCUAGCAGGGGGACCUUCAGCUUGGGAGGCCUGCCCCCCAGCCCUCCGUGGGCUCCACCAUGACCUCCUGCUCCGCAAGAUGUCUUCCUCGUCCCCAGACCUGCUGUCGGCAGCACUAGGAGCCCGGGGCCGGGGCACCUCAGGGGCAGCUGGUGAUCCUGGCUCGCCACCACCUGCCAGGGGGGACACACCCCCCAGCGAAGGCUCAGCCCCUGGCUCCACCAGCCCAGAUUCACCUGGGGGAGCCAAAGGAGAGCCCCCUCCAGCAGUAGGGCCUGGCGAAGGCGUGGGGCUGCUGGGAACUGGAAAGGAAGGGACAGCAGGCCGGGGAGGAAGCCGGGCUGGGUCCCAACACUUGACCCCGGCUGCACUGCUGUACAGGGCUGCUGUCACCAGAAGUCAGAAACGCGGCAUCUCCUCAGAAGAGGAGGAAGGAGAGGUAGACAGUGAAGUAGAGCUGACAUCAAGCCAGAGGUGGCCUCAGGGCCUGAACAUGCGCCAGUCACUAUCUACCUUCAGCUCAGAGAAUCCAUCAGACGGGGAGGAAGGUACAGCUAGUGAGCCUUCCCCUAGUGGCACACCUGAGGUUGGCAGUACCAACACCGACGAGCGGCCGGAUGAACGGUCUGAUGACAUGUGCUCCCAGGGCUCGGAACUUCCAUCGGACCCACCAGCUUCUGAGGUGGUCACUGAUCCCGAACCCAGCUCCCUGCCUAUCCCACAGCAGGACCUACUCCGAGGUGAGCAGGGCCCUCCCAAUUCUGAGGACUCAGACUGUGACAGCACUGAACUGGACAACUCCAACAGCAUUGAUGCCUUGCGGCCCCCAGCCUCCCUCCCUCCCUGAAAGCCACCUUAUUUCCUGUACAUAGAGAAAUAUUUAUAUAAAUAAUAUAUAUGCGCCACAUAAUCAACAGAGAAUGAUGGGGCUGUCCCAGCCUUAAGUCAGACUUGAGAGAGACUGACCCCCCUGACCAAUUCACCUGAUAAACUGUAGGGACACUGGCAGCUGUCAAAAUGAGUAAGUACGGCCCUGGAGUUGUGCGCAAGGGCAGACUGCUUCGCUCCGGACCUUCUGUUCAGCAAGCAGUGAGGCCAGAGAAAGCCAGGCUUGUCUCUGUGCACCUCUCCCCACGUACGGGGUGGGGGCAGGAGCAGGACCCAGUUAGACUGCACUUUUCUGUUUACACACUUUGCACUUGGGAGGAGGGAGACUCAGGCUGGGUCCUCCCCUCGGAGGGUUCUCAGGUGGCAAUGUGACUCAUUUCUUUGUCCCUCCGUUUCUCUGCCCAAGCCCUAGCCUAGCUUGGGGCCCAGGGGGAGGUUAGGACACUGAUAGCAUGUGGUGGCUCAGGCUGAAGGACUGGGGUGCUGUUUUAAGUCCCUGCUUUUACCUGGUGCCUGAUUGGGGUGGGGACUGUCAUUGUAAUCCCUGUGAAAACCUUGAAAUAUAACCACUCCAUGCAGGCCCA